GUAAACGUGUGGCACAUCAAAAAAAACAAAAAAAAAAAAAAUACUAAAAUGUUUUCGUUUACCUUGCUUGCCUGUAUGGCUAUCGCUGUCUGUGCCACGCCCAGUCAAAGAUUGGGUGAAUCGAAGCUUUUGCAGGCCAUUCGCAGUACCAGCGAGCUGCAGCAGGACAACCCGACACGUUCCCUGGAAUGCUUCCAGUAUUACAGCGAGAUCUUCGAUCAGCUACUACAGCAAUACGAACAGGAGUUCCAGGCCUGCCAGAAUACAUCGCAGCUCCAGAUCUCGCUGGCGGAUGAGAGCUUUAAGCCUGUCCUGAGCUCUUUGAACAACAGUGCGGCGAACGCCUGCGAAUUAAUAGAUAAUUGUAAUAAUCAAUUGGAUAGCUUGACAAGUCUGGCCUGCUACUCAGGGGUGGGCACCAGCGAUGCCAAAAUCAUGUACAACAUUUCGAACACAGCCAGCCAAUAUUACGGCCAGCUUCAGCAGCGCAUUCAAAUGAUUCAGUUCACAGAGGAACAGUGCAUGAGUGAAUCGAAGCGCAACUAUGAGCUGAGCACGGAUCAGGCUUAUGUCAAUCUACAAGGUUGCCUGAUGGGCAAUGAACCAGUGCCGAUAAAAACCACAACAACAACGACCACAACUGAUACGACUAGUUCAGUUCCAGUUCGAAAAACAACUACACCAAUUCCAGUUACAAGUACCUCAGCACCAGCUGAGACUACAUCAGUUCCAGUGAAAACCACACCAGAACCAGUUCCAGAACCGACUACUUCGGUUCCAGUUACGCGUACCUCAGUUCCAGUUAAGACAACAUCAGUUCCAGUUACAACUACACCAGAACCAGCUACAAGUUCCUCAGCUCCAAUUAAAACAACUCGAUUCCCGCGAAGGACCACAAAAGCUCCUGGUAAAAGACCAAAGACUACAUCUGCUCCUGUUACGUUCACUACGGCUUUAACUACGGCUACGCCCACAACUUCUGCCGCACCUGGUUACCAGCCGAGCCUGAGCUCUGAGCUGAAAAAGGUGCUGCAUUCUCUGCUACACUAGACAACAUGGUUUAUGUAGCAGCGCCCUGCAUUAAAAUAGGUAACAAACUGGCAAACAUUGGCUAUCAUUGGGUCUGAAAGAGGGCCGCAAACUUUUGUAAUCUCGUUUGGGCGGGGGAUCCCCACAGCAAAGAGACAGUAAAAGGAAAAGUAAAGAAAAAGCAAUUUUAUGGAAAUGUUGACCAAAUAUUGACAUAGGCCAAGCCCAGCCGACAACUUCAAUGGCAAACUUAACUAAACCAAUUGCAACUCCGCAAGUAUAACUUACAUAAUUAACGCUUGUCGAUAUAAACUAGUUGGUAUGCCGAUGACUGACUGACUAGCAGAUGCCCUGUACACAGUCUUAGUGUAGAAUUAAUUAUUUUAAAAUAACUAAAUUGUUGAAUUGAAUUGUAAGGAAAAUUGCUGUGAUGGCUAUUGUUAUUUGGUGAAUGAGCACACGAAAUAGUGAAAGUUACAAAUAAAAAGGUUGGUAUAUCUAAAAAAAUAAAAAAGAUUUUCUGAUAAAAUAUUGAUUGAUUAAGAAUAUAUGCAGACGUCUGUUCCUAGGAGUUACACAUUU